AUGGGUGCACGAGAUCUGGCACUCGGACUUGCCCGAUGGGUCAUCAAGAAUGGAGAAAACGAGAUUUCAGGAGAUUUGACAGCGGCAAUUGUUUAUAGAUUACGGGUUGUAGAGAAUUAUCACCACACCGACGUUGACGUCAUCUGCGAAGCGAUGCGAUUGCUCAUCAAACAGCUAGUCAAGCUGCCACCAGUGACUUUUGCUCCAGAAGUUUGGAUUCCCAUCCUCACAGCAAUCAUCGAAGGAGGCAUUGAACCCCUAUGGUCUGAUAUGAUGAUAACCAUUGAUUUGUCUCAUAUUGCCACGUCAUCAGCUCCAGAUGAGAAUCUAGACGACGUGGAUUCCGAAUUGCCGCCUAAUUCUGGCCUAAAAACUUGCGAACAAAUCACGACGAUUUCAAGAGAAGCCGUCCUGGAAAUCGGACUGCCUCGACGAGUUUUUUCGGCGAUUUGGGGCUGUGAUUUUGGGGAACUCAUGGAGAAAAUGAUGGGCGGUUCAUGGGAGGAUAUCAAGAUUUCGACGACAAAUGAGUCGGCGAAACAAGCGAGUUGGCUUUUGGAACGAAACAUUUUUGACACAUUUUCGGAGAUGAGCAAUUAUGAGCAAUUCGCCAAGGAGAUUUAUUAUGCGGCAUUGGCCAGACUUUUGAAACGCCUCCAAGAGGAUCAAAAGCCAUCAAAAGACGCCGAAGACGCCUCCCACUACGAUAUGUCAUUUCAAAUCUACGAGGAAGUCAUCAAAAAACUGUGGCCCUAUCUCACAAAAAAGGACUUAGACGCAACGAAAAAGAGCACUUUGACGAUAUUUGAGAAGCUUCUCUCCACUGCGCCAAACGAUAAUUUAGUUCAAAAAAUCGCUGAAAAAUUCAUCGAUACGUGUGGAUGGCUGAAAAUUUCAGCGGAGCAAAUUUGCGCUGAAAUGGAGCCCAGGCUGUGGAGAACGGUGAAAUCGCUGGUGGCAAGACUGCUGGAUUUGAAGAAAACGAUUCCUUAUGAAAUUGGUAUG